AUGGCCGAUGAGGAACAGUUUGAAAAUGAAUGGGACAUGGAUAUUGGUGAUGAGGAUGAUGAUGAAGACAAGAAUGUGCAGGAAGACUGUCUCAAAACUCUCACCACAGAUGACUGCAUUAUGGAACCAGUAAUAUUUCAAGUACUUAAACGCUUUCUCCAAGCUGGUGGUUCCCCUGAACACGUUGUUGAACUGCUGUCCAGUAAUUACAUUGCAGUGGCUCAGUGUGUUAACCUUUUGGCAGAAUGGCUCAUUCUCGUUGGUGUUGAUUACAAAGAAGUUCAAGAAAGAGUUGAAAAUCAUUUGAAAGAAAUAAUUCUGAAAUGUUUUGACCCUAAAAAAGCAGAUUCCAUUUUCUCUGUUGAAGGAGAAGUUCCGUCCUGGCUUGCUGAAAUGAUAGAAUUCUCCACUUGGAGGAACCUUUUUUACAAACUUGCUGAAGAAUAUCCUGAUUGUCUUAUGCUUAAUUUCACUAUCAAGCUCAUUUCUGAUGCUGGUUAUCAGGGAGAAAUUACAACAGUCUCUACUGCUUGCCAUCAAAUUGAGGUCUUCUCACGUGUUUUGCGAACAUCCAUUACAACAUUUUUAGAAGGUGGUGAAGAUGCUUUGGAGAAAAAUCUACCCGAGUUCAUGAAAAUGGUGUGUCAUGGAGAGCAUACUUACCUGUACAGCCAGGUGCUGAUGCAGCUGUUAUCACAAGAGAUAAAAGGUGGUUCUAAUCUGCGCAGACUUUGCCAAGAGUUGCAAAAGUGUGCCACAGACAAGGGCUUGGAUGUGACCCCAAUCACAAUGGCCCUCAGUGGUGCAGCUGCUUACCCUAGGGCUUGCCAGGCCUUGUCAUGCAUGCUUUCUCGUCAAGCUCUCAAUCCUGCUGACAUAACCAUUCUCUUCAAACGUUAUUCUGAAGGAAAUCCUCCUCCUGUAGAACUUAUCAGAGUACCUGCUUUCCUCGAGUUAUUAAUAGAGACUCUCUUUAAACCUGGUAACCGCAUCAACCCUGAACACAAACCCAAAUACAUAUACUUGUUAGCUUAUGCAGCCAGUGUUAAUGAAACCUAUAAAAAAGGAAUUCGCAAAAAUGUCAAUAAAGAUGAAUUGAAGCCAACAGUUCAAGCCCUGGAGAAGACACAAGCAUUGUGCAGUGAAAACAAAGGUUCUUCUGAAUUGAUUGCUGAUAUCAGCACAUUGUUCCAAUGUAUAAGGUUUUCUGUGGUAGCCAUGGGUGUGUUACGUUGGGUUGAUUACAUUGUAUCUGACAAGAGCUAUUUCAAACUGAACACUGAUCAUACGCCAUUACACUUGGUCCUUGUUGAUGAGAUUGUCACUAGCCAUACUCUUCUGCAUCAGAAGGCCCUUGAUCUUCUCAUUCGAUUGUUUGAGGCAUCAUAUGAAGAACUGGAUGUUUUAGUCAGGCUGGAGCUCAAAAAGACAGUACUUGAUCGAAUGGUGCAUGUUUUUAGCCGAGGUUGUGUGAUUCCAGUGGUCAGCUACAUUCGUAAAUGUCUCGAGAAACAGGAUACAGAUAUUUCUUUGAUCAGACAUUUUGUCACCGAGGUGUUAGAUAUGAUCACACCACCUUAUACAGCCGAAUUCAUCCAAUUGUUGCUGCCUCUUAUUGAAAAUGAAGAUAUCACUGGAUUACUCAGAACCGAAGAUGGAUCUGAUCCUGUUACAGAAUUUAUUACUCAUUGUCGUUCCAACUACAUCAUGGUGACGUGA